AUGAAUUUACGUCGCGAUCAUGGUUCUAGCCAGGCUGCAACACGGUUAAUCGUUGCGAGUCUCGAAGAGAACUUAUCAGCAGAUGUUUUGCAACAAAUUACCGGUGAUUUUGUGCAUGCAUUACAGAAAAUGGGUAGAGAUGGACUGGAGGUUAUUAUUAAUGGUGUAAAAAAAGUUUAUCAUGUUGCCUUAUUCAUAACACUUGGGGAUUAUCCGGCACAACAAGCUUUACAUGGGAGAAAAGAAAGCGUGUCCGCCUUCAAAUUUUGUCCGUGUUGUAAUGUCACAAAUGAGUCGUAUAAAGACAGCAUCGAUGAAUUACCAUCUCAUUAUACGCUUCAGGAUUAUGAAGUAGCAUGCAACGUAAUCGAAGAGUGUAUGAGAGAUGGUGAUGAUCGAAUUAGAGCCUGUAUGCUACUGCUUUUCACACAUACAGCAAGAAGCAUCUUCUUUUACGUCUACCUUUACAGGUACUCGCCUCCGAGAAACGUUGACGUCAUUUGUGUACAUCCUCUUACAUCAUUUUGGCAAACGCAUUACGGAAUCAAUAAUCAAAACAUUUUCUCUUUAUUGUCAAAUUUCGAUGUUACAUUCCAAGUUCUACUAGAUCCCAUGCAUAUAUUACUACAAGGUACUUGCGAU